AUGCGGCUACUACAGCGAGAUGACGCUAAGAAAUACACCCUUACGGCUGAUCUGCGCGCUGACAACACCCCCCCGUACGCAAUCCUCUCCCACACCUGGGGCGCCGACGAGGUUAUCUACACUGAUAUACAGAGGGACUCAAAGGACUGGCAACAGAAAGAUGGUUACAGAAAGAUCCAAUUCUGCGCUGAUCAGGCGAAGCGACAUAACCUGCAAUAUUUCUGGGUUGAUACUUGCUGUAUCGACAAAUCUGACGGCAUCGAACUCCAGACGGCAAUCAACAGCAUGUUCAAAUGGUACCGUAGCGCGAAACGAUGCUACGUCUAUCUGUCCGAUGUUUCCUGUCCUUCAAACCCCAGCCAGCAGCCAGGCGUGACAUCGUGGGAGGCUGCGUUCCGAGGUAGCCGGUGGUUCACGCGCGGCUGGACGCUGCAAGAGCUUAUCGCCCCGCAGAUUGUCGAGUUUUACUGGAAGGAAGGUGUUUUUCUGGGAGAUAAGAGGUCUCUGGAAGCUGCCAUACGCGACGUGACAGGUAUUCCUGCCCAGGCUUUACGAAAUACAUCAUUAUCCCACUUUACGACUUCAGAACGUGAGGCGUGGGUGCGCAACCGGGAAACAAAGUACGAGGAAGACAUGGCAUACUCGCUGCUUGGAAUAUUUGGCGUUUAUAUGCCACUCAUCUACGGCGAGGGUCGCGAACAAGCACAGAGGAGGUUGCGAGAAGAAGUCCAGAAAUCUGUGAAAGGCACCUACGACAACAACUUUCGGAUCAGCUUCAGCAUGUCUGGCGUCCCCGAGACUCUACAUUUCGUAGCAAGGGAUCGAGAAGUUGCUGAGAUGCGAAGAAUGCUGUGCUCAGAUGGAAGCCGUUGCACUGUCGUCCUCCAUGGCCUCGGCGGCAUUGGCAAGACACAGCUCGCUGCAACGUAUAUCAAACGAUACCGGGAAGAGUACUCGGCGAUCUUCUGGCUCAAUAUCAAAGACGAAGCGUCCAUCCAGCAGAGCUUUGCUAGGGUGGCAGCGCAGAUCUUGGAACAGCAUCCCGAUAUCGGCAGCCUCAAGGGACUUAAUCUGCAGCAAGACCACGACGAGAUCAUUCACGCCGUGAAGGCUUGGCUCAGCUUACCAGGCAAUACCAGAUGGCUUCUUGUGUACGACAACUACGACGACCCAAAGCUUCCCGGGCGUGUGAGCGCUACAGAGAUUGAUAUACACCAGUUUCUGCCUACGGCAUAUCAGGGCUCAAUUAUUGUCACGACACGGUUAUCGCAAAUCGACAUAGGGCAUCACAUUCGGAUUGAGAAACUCGAAUCCGAAUCGGAGGGUUUGCAAAUACUGUCAGAGGCAUCAGGACGCAAUGGCUUACAAGAUGAUGAUGAUGCGAAAGAACUCGUACGAGAGCUUGACGGGCUUCCUCUUGCUCUUGCUACAGCUGCAGCAUAUCUGAAGCGUGUCCCAAUCAGCUUCCGCCACUACCUCCGCCACUACCGGGAAUCUUGGGCAAGACUCACGGGUAAUCUGAAUCUCGGUUCUUACGCAGACCGCACCUUAUGUUCAACAUGGCAGCUGUCCUAUACACAUGUACAGGCACAAAACCCGCUUGCAGCUCAUCUGCUCCAGUGGUGGGCUUACUUCAACAAUGACGACAUCUGGUAUGAUCUUGUCAGGUUUGGCAGCAAAGACGGCUCCGCGUGGAUGAAGCAGCUAUCAGAAGAGCUCAACUUUCACGAUGCGAUGGGUGUACUCCAUGACUACGGGCUUGUCGAACCUACAAACAUGUUCCAGGAGCCACAAGGAUACAGUAUACACAGUUGUCUACAUUCUUGGACGAUUCACAUAUUGAACGAGAAGCGGGACGGUUGCUUGAAUGAGCUUGCAGUUGAAAGUGUGGCAUCACAGGUUCCUUCACGAGAAGAAGCCGAAUAUUGGCUUCUUCAGAAGAGGCUCAUACCACAUGCUAUCCAGUCUUCUUCAACAGUACAAGAGAGCGACGGCCCUUCAAAUUGGGCUUUUCAUUCUCUGGGUUAUCUUUGCGCGGUCCAGGGGAAGCUGGGCGAGGCCGAGAAGAUGUACUUGCGGGCGCUCCAGGGGUACGAGAGGGCACUAGGACCGGAUCACACAUCGACACUUAAUAUAGUCAACAACCUUGGGAUCCUUUACGCUGAGCAGGAGAAGCUGGGCGAGGCCGAGAAGAUGUACUUGCGGGCGCUCCAGGGGUACGAGAGGGCACUAGGACCGGAUCACACAUCGACACUUAAUAUAGUCAACAACCUUGGGAGCCUUUACGAUGACCAGGAGAAGCUGGGCGAGGCCGAGAAGAUGUACUUACGAGCGCUCCAUGGUCAUGAGAUAGCACUAGGACCGGAUCACACAUCCACACUUAGAACAGUCAACAACCUUGGUCUCCUUUACGCAGAACAGGGGAAGCUGGGCGAGGCCGAGAAGAUGUACUUGCGGGCGCUUCAUGGGUACGAGAGAGCUAUAGGACUUACAAAUGUCACGACAUACCGGCCAGCCAUCAACACCCUUCAGCACCUGGGGUCUCUAAGCUCGAAACAGGGCCGUUUGAGUCACGCGCGGCUAUAUUAUCAACGUGUUUACGACAGCCUUGAACAACUCCUCGGGCCAUCGCAUCAGUCUGUCGCGUCAGCGCGACACACUCUCCAGCUUACAAAUAGCGCGAUUGAUGAUGGGAUAUUCUCGAGCGAUGACCAACACUUGACAGACCCAACAUAG